GGGGAGGCAAAACUGUAAAAAAAGGGAGAGAAGAGUCCCGGGUCGCGUUGCGCCGUGCCGUGACCAACCUCCGCAUCUCCCUCUGCAAGCGCAGCGCCGCCGCGAUCUCUUCUUCAUCGCUCGAAGCAUCGCCGCCGCUGCCUGCCCCUGCCGCGUCCAGUCUCUCCUCCCUACCACCAUGCGCCGGUUCGUCGCCGACAGGGCGCGCCGCGCGGUGUCCGCUUCCCUGCGGGCCGCCGCCAGACCAGCCGCGCCAUCUACCGCUCCAGCGCUGCCUCGCCCUCCCCUGCCGUCCGCGGCGGCGAUGGCCGCCGCCUUGGCGAGGGCCAUGUCCACCUCAGCCGCCAUCGCCCCGCCAGUGUCACUCGACACCAUCAACCCCAAGGUCUUGGAGUUCAAAUACGCUGUUCGUGGAGAGAUAGUUACACAUGCUCAGAACUUGGAAAAUGAGUUACAGAAACACCCAGAAUCCCUUCCUUUUGAUGAGAUACUCUAUUGUAACAUUGGAAAUCCUCAAUCUCUUGGUCAACAUCCAGUUACAUUUUUCAGAGAGGUCCUCUCUUUAUGUGAUCACCCAGCUCUCUUGGACAAAAGUGAAACCCAUGCUCUGUACAGUUCAGAUGCUAUAGAGAGAGCGUGGCAAAUUCUAGACAAGAUCCCAGGAAGAGCGACAGGAGCAUAUAGCCAUAGUCAGGGUAUAAAAGGUUUGCGUGAUGAAAUUGCUGCUGGAAUUGCUGCCCGUGAUGGUUUUCAUGCUAGUGGAGAUAACAUCUUCCUAACAGAUGGAGCAAGCCCAGCGGUGCACAUGAUGAUGCAGUUAUUGAUAAGAUCCGAGAAGGAUGGCAUUCUCUGCCCUCUUCCACAAUACCCGCUGUAUUCUGCAUCAAUUACUCUUCAUGGUGGUUCUUUUGUUCCUUAUUUCCUUGAUGAAGAAACAGGGUGGGGACUGGAAGUUGAAGAGCUUAAAAAGCAAGUAGAUGAGGCUCGAUCGAAGGGUAUCACUGUCCGGGCACUUGUCGUCAUAAAUCCAGGAAACCCAACUGGACAGGUUCUCGCCGAGGAAAACCAAAAGAAAAUUGUUGAAUUCUGCAAGAACGAAGGACUUGUUCUUCUUGCAGACGAGGUUUACCAAGAAAACAUAUAUGUUGAAGAUAAGCAAUUCCACUCUUUCAAAAAGAUCGCACGAUCGAUGGGAUACACUGAUGACGAUCUUCCUUUGGUGUCAUUCCAGUCUGUUUCAAAAGGUUACUACGGAGAAUGCGGGAAACGAGGAGGCUACAUGGAAGUAACUGGAUUUAGUGCUGAUGUAAGGGAACAAAUUUACAAGGUGGCAUCAGUGAAUCUCUGUUCCAAUAUUGGUGGUCAAAUUCUCUCUAGCCUUGUAAUGAACCCACCAAAGGCUGGGGAUGAAUCCUAUGAAUCCUUCAUGGUAGAGAAAGAUGGUAUUCUUUCGUCACUGGCUCGACGUGCAAAGGCCUUGGAAGAAGCAUUCAACAGUUUAGAAGGCAUCACGUGCAACAAGGCCGAGGGAGCAAUGUAUUUGUUCCCUCGCCUUCAUUUACCCCAGAAGGCGAUUGGAGCUGCUCAAGCAGCUGGGGCUUCCCCAGAUGCAUAUUAUGCUCUCCGCCUUCUUCAAGCUACUGGAAUUGUUGUUGUUCCUGGCUCUGGAUUUGGUCAGGCUCCUGGAACAUAUCAUUUUAGAUGCACGAUCUUGCCACAGGAGGACAAGAUACCUGCAAUCAUAUCCAGGUUCAAGGAAUUCCAUGAGAAAUUCAUGGAUGAAUACCGUGAGGAAUCACUUGCCAGUAACGAGUGCCGUGAGGAACCAUCCGCCAGUAAUGAAAGCCGCGAGGAAGCAUCCGUCAGUAAUGAAAGCCGUGAGGAAGCAUCGGCCAGCACUGAAAGCCUUGAGGAAGCAUCGGCCAGCACUGAAAGCCGUGAGGAAGCAUCGGCCAGCACUGAAAAACGCGGAGAUUAGGCUGCUGUCUCAAACUUUGCGUACCAUGAAAUUUCUGUCGAAAUAAUAAGACCAUCCAUUCUUGCCACCUCAUUCAGUGGAUCAAUCAACCUAAUCCGGCCCACCUUUUGUUACAGAUAGCUCUUAAAUCAAACCUUGCAGAAUCCUGAGAAUCUCAUGUUUGGAAAACCUUGAGAAAUGUCUUGUGCCUGGGAGAUGUAAAGAGAAUACUAAAACUUCGAUGCUGACUGAGAUAUCUUGCAGCACAUCCCUGAAAUUUUUGGGUAAUCCCAUGGGAAAUCUCAGUCUAGACGUUCAAUUAUGAUGGGAGCUUGAGCUUCUGUUCUUUGACAAUGCUACUUGUAGAAGACACGGUGGACUUGCUGUCAGGUGCACCCCUAUGUUCUGAACUGAUUGAUAGUAGGAUAUGUUUGAUAGGUGUGCAUUCAAGAUUACAAGACCGUCUGAACAGAAGUUCCAUCUGAGCUUGUCACAGGCUCGUAGCCCAGUUUUAUUUGGAAAAGCAAACACGUCCUUGUGGCAAAGUUUGUGCAAGUUUUGUGGCUUUUUACGAGUGUACUUUUAAAAACCCGUAGACUAAAUAAGUGUGUGCGAAAUUAGAUUUUC